UGGUCCAACUAACUGUAACUUCCUGUUUUAUUGUCUUUGCAGGACGUGGGCUUGUAGAAAAUGUUUGGAUCUGUCAACAAACGUAUCCAGGAGUGUCUGGCGGAGAGGCGGAGCCGCAGGACCAGACUGGUGACCAAAGAUGGCCGCUGCAACAUCGAGUACGGAAACAUCAUGUACAGCAAACACUUGUUCUUCCUGGCCGACUUCUGGACCACCUUUGUGGAGAUCCGGUGGCGUUUUGUGCUCUUCCUCUUCAUCGCAGCCUUCACUCUGAGCUGGUUCAUCUUCGGCCUGCUGUGGUACUGGAUCGCCCGCAGUAACGGAGACCUGACGUGGCAAAGCCCCGCAGACGACCACACGCCAUGUGUUGAUAACGUGGUCGGACUCACCACGGCGUUCCUCUACUCCCUGGAAACCCAGACGACUAUCGGGUAUGGCGGCAGAGCGUUGACUCCUCUUUGCCCCGGUGCAGUGGCCCUCCUCAUCAUCCAGUCCCUCCUGGGGGCCAUUAUCAACUGCUUCAUGUGUGGAGUCAUCCUCUCCAAGAUCUCUUUACCCAAAAAGAGAGCAAAGACCAUCACGUUUAGCGACAUGGCGGUCAUCAGCCCCAAAAAUGGCUCGCUUUCGUUGUCGAUCCGAGUCGCCAACUUGCGCAAGACGCUCAUGAUCGGGAGCCAGAUUUACGGAAAGCUGCUGAAAACGACAAUCACGCCGGACGGGGAGACGAUCAUCAUGGACCAGGUCAACAUCGAUUUCGCGGUGGACGCCGGGAAGGACAACCUCUUCUUCAUUUGUCCUCUCACACUCUACCACAUGAUCGACAAGAGCAGCCCGUUCUUCGAGAUGACCGUCGACACGCUCCACAAGCAAGACUUUGAGCUGGUGGUGUUCCUUGACGGCACGGCCGAGUCCACCAGCUCCGCCUGCCAAGUACGGACCUCGUUUAUUCCGCAGGAGAUCAUGUGGGGCUACAACUUCCUGCCGAUCAUCUCCAGAAGCAAAGAGGGCAAGUACAGAGUGGAUUUCUCCAACUUCUCCAAGGUGGUGCCGGUGGCCACGGCACACUGCUCCUACUGUUUCCACCACAUCAAGGGCCACCACCUCCACUCCAGAGACGGACACGACAACCAGGGCUUCGAGGUGAUCGAUAUCAACGAUCCCCCGAAUGUGACCAAGAUGUGA